GGAGAUCUCCACCCUCCACCCCUCAGCUUCCAGCCUCCCAUGACACUUGUGCUAAAUAUUAGCAGGCAUUAUUCGGGCCAAGUCGCAGCACAAAGUCACACCUGCGGACAAAACUCAAUACGCCUCGGUGCUUGUCCUAAAAGAUUUGGGGUUGUGUUUUUCCUCUCCCGACCCGGCCUCCACUACCUCCAACUUGACGCCUGUUGCGCGCCUACCGCAGCCGCCAACAGGUCACCUUUGCCGGGCUGCUAAGGGGCUGCGAGUCGGUCCGGUUCUCUUGUUGACCGGACUCGGAAGGGGAACCAUGCGCCGCCGUGCGUGUUGAGCGUGGACUAAUUGGGGAAGUUUGGACAGGGGCAAGGACCGAGAAAAUCAAGAACUAUUUCAAGAAUUUGUCAUAAAUAUAUUUAUGUAUUUAUUUUAAAAGAAGGGACAUUUUCCGACCUGAACUUUCAUCAUUUGAGCAUCCACGAUGAGCAAAGCUGCCGGCUCAACAAGUGGUUGUUUGGAUAUUCUCAAUGUCAAGUCAAGUCGCAUCCUGGACAUCCCGUGCAAAGUGUGCGGAGACCGCAGCUCGGGCAAGCACUACGGCGUCUACGCCUGUGACGGCUGCUCCGGCUUCUUCAAGAGGAGCAUUCGUCGAAACAGAACCUACGUGUGCAAGUCUGGCUCUCAGGGUGGGUGUCCUGUGGAUAAAACUCAUAGAAACCAAUGCCGAGCAUGCCGCUUGAAAAAGUGCCUGGAAGUCAACAUGAAUAAAGAUGCCGUCCAACACGAGAGAGGACCCCGAACAUCCACUAUCCGAAAACAGGUGGCCUUAUACUUCCGAGGUCAUAAAGAUGUGAACGGGUCAUCAACACAUUUCCCAGGAUCCUCUCUGCCGGGCCCCCCUUUUUUCACUACUGUCACACAACUGGAGCCUCACAAUUUAGACAUGAGUACAGUGGCCAGCACGCCUGAGAGGCAGGCUAUCGUGGGACUGGCUCAGCCCACCCCAAAGUACCCUCACGAAGUCAGCGCCACCCCCAUGUACCUGUACGAGGUGGCCACCGAAUCGGUGUGUGAGUCAGCGGCCCGCCUUCUCUUCAUGAGUAUUAAGUGGGCCAAAAGUGUGCCCGCCUUCUCCACGCUCCCCUUAUCUGACCAGUUGAUUCUGUUGGAGGACGCUUGGAGGGAAUUAUUUGUCCUGGGAAUCGCACAGUGGGCAAUCCCAGUGGACUCUACGACUCUACUAGCCGUUUCUGCAGGGAUGAACACCGAAAACACUGAAUCCCAGCGGAUGAACAAGAUCAUGUCCGAAAUACAAGCACUCCAAGAGGUAGUCACCAGGUUCCGACAGAUGAGGCUGGACGCCACAGAAUUCGCCUGUUUGAAAUGUAUCGUGACGUUUAAAGCUGUCCCUACGCAGGGCGGUGCAGAAUUGAGAAAUUUCCGGAACGCCAGCGCCAUUGCCGCGCUACAGGAUGAAGCACAGCUCACGUUAAACAGCUACAUCCACACCAGGUACCCAACUCAACCAUGUCGUUUUGGCAAAUUGCUGCUGCUCCUGCCGUCUCUGCGUUCGGUCGGCCCUUCUACCAUCGAGGAAGUCUUUUUCAAGAAGACCAUCGGCAACGUGCCUAUCACCAGGCUCCUCUCCGACAUGUACAAAUCCAGCGACAUAUGACCUCACUGCCCAACCCGCCUGCCUGGAGUGAAAAGACUUAAACAUGAAGGGGCGGAGGGGGCCCACGGACCCACCCAGCGCCAUAGUUAGGAGAAGCACAUCUGUAUGAAAGACGACACGUCAAGAAAACAAGUUCAUCAACUAGCCUGUUAACAGGGGCUCUAGUUAAAGGAUUAGCGUAACCACCGUAAUAGAUUUACCUAUAAAGAAGCACUGGUGUGGACAGAGGCGAGCUAUUCAUGUAUACAGAUGACUAAAGACUGUGGAGCAGCUGCCAAGUGAUUUGACAAAGAUAUGUUCUAUAUGAAAAUAAUUUCAAGUGUCUGUGAGACCAAUGAGCUUGACGACCAAUUUAAUAUUUUAUUGCUGUGUUCAAUCCAAGUGGAGGAAACCAAAAAAAAAAAAAAAAAAAAUUGAAAGAAACACACGAGAAUGGGUGAUAUCAGUAAAACCCCCCUCCUCAUCUGGUGUUAAAAUCAAGUGCACCUUGAAAUGUAGAGAAAAUGAUCUCUGUGGGGAAAAAGGAGGGGGGAUUUGCAAUGGACUUGGUGUGUAUUUAAAUGUUUGUAUCCAAGCGCAACAUUAAAAUGUAUAGGUCAACUUAAAAGUUAGACACUAACGUGGAUUAAAAAAAAAUAUUCAGCACUUGGGAGCUGUUUUGUUGAAAAAUAUGGUGGUUUUAUUCUGUUGUAAAUACUUGGGAGUUAUAACUAUUUAGAGGUGAAACCAUAUGAAUAAAAGACAAUGAAUUGAAAAGUUUUUUUUCCCCCUCAAUUUUUGAUAGAAAUCAGUGCAUUGCCACAUUGGUCAGUUUAAACUGCAAAAACACACUUCCUUAAAACUUGUUAAAUUCUCUUGUUUUUCAGUAUAAAUACUAGAAAUAAAUUAUAUCGGACUCAGACUUCUUGAAAUGAGAGAAAUAGCAAGCUGACAAUAAACUUGGACCUAUUUUAAGCAACAAAUGAGGAUAUUUAAUCUUUAAAAAAGCUUGUCAGAAAUGUUCUUAUUUCAAGAAUAUUGUUCAAAACAUUAUUUGAAAGCAAAUUUUUCUUGAGUUAGGUGAAUAAUUACCAGCUUUGAGAUGUAUGGGUUUAAUAAUAAAUAGUAAUAUUUACUAAAAGUGGAAUAACCUGACGCAUUAACCUUUUAACUAGUCUUUAACACUCAAAACAAGAUGCAGAAAAUUUUUGACUAGAUUUAAGAAAAAUAAUCUGAUUAUGACGGUAUAAAUUUACAGUGUAGUGUGCUUAAAAAAACAAAAAAACACUGUACACAUGGUUAAAUGAAAAUAAACUGGAAAAAAUAUGGGAUUUUGAAACUAAAGUGAAAACGGGUUGGAAUUUUAAUGGGCAAAAAAUGUUUUUACAAUAUCAUAAAUACAGCAAGUAUCAUAACAUACCGUACAUAUGAAUGUAGAAACCUUACGAUUCUGAUGCAUUAUUAGUAUCAGUAUAAAUAAUUGUAUAGCAUUUUUAAAUACAUAUUUAUAACAAAAAAUAAGGUCUUUAAGUAUUUUUUUUAACAACAAAACCAAAUGUAUUCAUUUUCUAAGGGAUUGUACUACCUAUUAGUGCUGCAACGAUUGAUCGAGUAAUUCGAUUAGACAAAGAGCUUCGAAUUAAAUUUUGCUACUUCGAGAAUUCGUUUAAUUAAUGUUGUAAUGGUUUGUUUUGAAAGUGUUUGCAUUUUACUGAUUUGGGUGGAUACACUACCCUCUAGCGGCAACAGUGAAUAUGACAACUCAUUUAACAUGGCUGAAUCCAGAUGCUUCCUUAUAAGACCAACAUAAGGUAAGUUUUUGUUUGAGCAAAUGUUUUUAUGCAUUUGUAAUUUAAAGGUAUAUUUAGCCGUUUUACUUUUUGUGGGAAUAUGUGUUUGAACGAUUUGUUAAGCACAUUGUUAAAAAAAAGUUAGCAUUUUAUAGCAUUUAAGCUAGCAGACUUUUGCUACGCAAAUUAGUCAAUUGUUCUUUUGUUAUAAUUGGAUCAUCUUUUUUUUAAAUACCAUUUGACGCAAAGCCCAGGUAUUUUAAUUUUUUUUGUUCCGAAUCCGAUUACUUAUUUAUUCGAACUAACUAGUUCAUUGAUUAAUCGACUACUAAAACAAUAUAGCUGCAGCCCGAUUACAUAUAACCUCAAAUAAUCUAAAUUCUCAUUAAGAUUACUUUUACGGCUCUCGUUCCCUUUCGUACGGACAUAUUUAUAAGCAAUUUAAAAAAAACUAUGCAAUUGUGCAUUUGACAUUUCACCGAUUUUAUUGGAAAAUCUUCAAAAUAAACAACAAAAAAAUGGCACAGCAGUAUAUAAAUCUCAAAAUGCGUAUAUAGCCAGUAGAAAUACUGCAGUUCCCUCUGUGUAAAUUGACUUUCUAGAAAAGCGAUG